GUUAUAGUUAAACAACCACCAGAAAGAUCAUCAUCCUGAAAGCACCCUUAGCCAGGAUUGAAAUAAAAACAAGAAGAAAUAGAGAUCAUCCAAGCUAGUCGAUAUAUUUACUACGCAGUACAGCGGCGUAUCCAAACCAAGUGGGAUAAGUUAACUAAUAAAUAAGAGAGGUAUUUCCGUGUACCUCCCCCGCACCAAAAGCGCCGCCCGGUACCUGUGACGACACCCAGCAACCAUUUUUUUUCCCUCUCGUUGGUUCGAACUCGCUUUUCUUUUCCCGCUUCGAUCGCCAACUCAACUCUGUCUUGUCUCUUGUUCUUGUCUUUUGGCUGCGUUCUUAAAUAACUAAGUUACUAUAAUACGCAAGUAACUAGUAACUUAACUUAAGUAACUGACUACCUAUCCGUCUUCAUCUUCUGCUUCUCUCCCAUUGCUCUACUCUGCUCCAACAAUAAUCCAUAGACCCAUCUCUUUUUCCUUUUACUCUUCAGUUCGUGAUUGCUCGCUCUAGUUAGCUCUCCCUGGCUUCUCCCCUCUUCUUCCCGAUCCUCUUUACUUAAAGUUAUCCAUCCCACUACGGUCGCGACACCAGCCAGUUUACAUUCGACCCGCUUAGUUACCCUCUCCCAAUCCCACCCCAGGAUCACCACCCUCAACCACACAGCUCUCGUCUAUAGACCGCAAUCACUUCUUCUGCUUCAACGACCGCUACCUUUCCUUUCCGUCUCUUUUCUCGAUAGCCUACGCUACGCCUAUUCUCCGCUUAUCUCCAUCCCUCCCUCUUCUCUCCGUUUGUCUUCCUCCCCCCGCCAUUUCGUGCCAGCUAUCCACCCUGGUCACCGUCCCUGCUCGCCCACGCCGCCCCGACAUCUGCCAAUCUCAACACGCUGAACCCCGCAGAUAAGAACAGAGGGAAAAUAAUCACACAGGCCCCACGACCUGUCAGAGCUUUUGAUUUUGCCCGUGUCACAGCCCAUCACUUAGGGUUGUCGUUCUUAGAAAGAUGGUAGACGGAGAUCCAGGUUCACCUACCUGGAAGUUCACACAAUGCUUCGGCGAUAAGGGCGAUGUGGAAGAUAUCACAGAUGCUGAUAUCAUAUCCACGGUCGAGUUCGAUCACACUGGAAAUUACCUCGCAACGGGCGAUAAAGGAGGACGAGUUGUAUUAUUUGAGAGAAACGAGACAAAAAAAACAUGCGAAUAUAAAUUCCAUACCGAGUUCCAAUCUCACGAGCCAGAAUUCGAUUACCUAAAAUCUUUAGAGAUUGAAGAGAAAAUCAACAAAAUAAAAUGGUGCAGAAGGCAAAAUGCAUCCCAUUACCUCCUUUCGACCAACGAUAAGACAAUAAAGCUUUGGAAGGUGUUUGAUAAGUCGUUAAAGGUCGUUGCCGAAAAUAACCUCUCCCAUGAUCUGACUCCGGCAGGCGCCGUGGCUGGAGGCGGCAUGCCGCGCGCCCCGCACAUUUCCUUCCGUGAUGCGUCCUCUCUCAAGCUACCUCGCCUUACGCAUCAUGACACUGUAGUCGUUGCAGUUCCUCGACGUAUCUACGCUAACGCCCACGCCUACCACAUCAAUAGCAUAUCGGUGAACAGUGACGGUGAAACGUUCAUCAGCAGCGAUGAUCUUCGAAUCAACCUGUGGAACUUGAAUAUCCAAGACCAAAGCUUCAAUAUCGUUGAUAUUAAGCCCGCGAAUAUGGAAGAACUAACAGAAGUUAUUACAGCGGCGGAGUUCCACCCAACUAGUUGUAAUUGGUUCAUGUAUGCCAGCUCCAAGGGAACUAUCAAACUCGCAGAUAUGAGGCAGAGUGCUCUCUGCGAUCAGCAUCACAAACAAUUUGAGCAAGAAGAAGAUGCGUCCGCACGUUCAUUCUUUUCCGAAAUCAUCUCUUCCAUUUCUGAUGUCCGCUUCUCGAAUGAUGGACGCUACAUAUUAUCUCGCGACUAUCUAACGGUCAAAAUAUGGGAUGUCAACAUGGAACGGCAACCUAUAAAAACUAUCCCGAUCCACGAGCACCUCCGGCCCCGCCUAUGCGAUACGUAUGAAAACGACAGCAUCUUUGACAAAUUCGAGGUAGUGUUCUCCGGCGAUGCGGAGAAUGUCAUGACGGGUAGUUACAACAAUAAUUUCAUGAUCUAUCCCUCUGAUCCCAACAAGGAGACCGAAGUUGUUCUUCAGGCGGAUAAGACUGCAUUCAAAGCAAAGAAAGUUGGAGUACCGACUCCCAUCAAUUCUUCCGCGUCAACUAAUAAGAAGGGCGGAUCGAGGGCUGGUAGUCCUGCGGGUGCCGGUGGACGGAUGAAGAAAGAAACGGACGCAGACCAGAUUGAUUUCAACAAGAAGAUCUUACAUAUGAGUUGGCAUCCUUUCGAGGAUAGCAUUGCGAUCGCGGCUACUAACAAUCUAUUCGUGUUCUCAGCUUUGUGAGUCCGAGGAGGUGAAAGAGGGAAAAUGGAAAAAGCAAAUUAAUGAGAAAAGAGAAACAAUGCUGGUAGUGCCGCUUCACCAUGCUUUCUGCCCUUGAUUAUAAUCUCCCGGUCCUGCAAAACCCCAAUCAUCCAUCUCUCUAUUGCAUACACCUACUACUACUACUACCUUCUUCAGCAAAAAACCCCGCAGUCCAGUUUAAUUCGUGCUAUCAGGGUAUUGGCAGCAGGCCUUCCGCCAGCAAAAUACAAUUUAUUUCCUUUCCAGUCUUAAACUUUCCCUACCCCUCGCAGUCCCAUCCAUCUACUCUCUUCGUGUCAUGUUACGCCCCAUUUCUCCUCAUCCCGCGUAUGAUUUUUUGUCUCUAAUUGCCGCGAGGGAAGGAAAAGCAAACAACCAUUUAUAAACUAGGCCAGAUAAUUGCGUUGACUUACUGUCGUUGCAAGGGGGGGGGAGGGGGAGAAAAGGAGGAGAAAGGAGAGAAAACCAGUUGCUGUGUGUGAUAUGUAUGGAUGGUAUAGAGGGUUUAGUAAAGGAUCUCAAAGCUGUUAGAAGUCCUCCCCCCUCCAUCCCCCCUACCCCCUAAAAAAUCCGUCCCACCUCCACCUCACCGUCCGCUACCUAGCACCCAGCCAGCCCUGUUGAUGCCAAGCAAAAAUGAGAAUUGAGGAUUGAAAUGAAGAUAUUCUAUCGGUUUUUUUUUUCUUUCAUCGUUUGUCGAGCCGCUUUUUGUGUGCAUGUUACAAUUUCUUUCUCUCACUUUUCUCUUUUGUUGAAGUAAAACCAGACAGAGGGACGGAGGGGAGGAAAUGGGAGAGAAAUAAUAUAAAUAAAUAAUAAUGUCUUUUGAACCAUCCAAAAUACCCAGCGGCGCCAUAUAAUAAAUAUAUAUAUACCCUUCUUUCUUUUCUUUUCCCCACAACCCCCCCCCCCCUUCUCUCUCUCUGAAUUACCAUUCCUGUGCAUGCAUUAUAGUUCUUUCGGCGUAUUUCCUACUCAGUAGACUUCCCUGCUCUUCCUUCCCCACCCGGACCCGCCCCCUUUAUUUAGUUCGCUGGGGAAAGGAGAAAGGGAGAGACGGGAAGUCAAGACGAAUUGAAUAAUCACCAAGAAAUACAGCGCAAGGACAGGGGGCCCGAUAUGGCGUGUUCGGCUUAGAUUAUAGACUAUGGGAGGAGAACGAAAGGAGAGGGAAAAACUUUUCAUGCAUACAGACGGUCUUUGCGGAUUGGGGUGGGUAGUGGUCUCGAAGGAACGGGGAAUGGAGAAGGAUGGUUAGUAGUAGGGCGCUUGGGGCUUUCUUUCUUUCUUUCUCCUGCUAUUCUCGUUCUUUUUUCGCCUGCUUUCUUUUACGAUCUGC